CGUUCGUCUUUGAGCCCAACUGUCAGAUGACGGUGGACGAGUUUGGCUUUUUCAUCUGCUGGAAGAGUGAGGGGAAGGAAGGCCAGGUUCUCGAGUGUUCGCUCAUCAACAGCAUUCGCGUCGGUGGCGUCCCAAAGGAACCCAAGAUCUUGGCAUCAUUCGAGGCCCUUGGAAAGACAGAGUCGGACUUAGAGGGCUGCAUCAUCUGCAUCUGCAGCGGCACAGACCUGGUCAACCUCAACUUCGUGUUCAUGGUGGCCGAGAGCCCGGACACAGCCAGGAAAUGGAUCGAGGGUCUCAGGUCAGUGAUUCACAACUUUAAGGCAAACAACGUCUGUCCAAUGACCUGCCUCAAGAAACAUUGGAUGAGAAUGUGCUUCCUGACCAAUGUGAAUGGUAAAAUUCCCGUAAGAGGCAUUACUCGAACCUUUGCAUCAGGAAAGACGGAGAAGGGGAUCUUUCAGGCUCUGAAGGACCUCGGCCUUCCGAGUGGAAAGAACGAUGAGAUUGAACCUUCAGAUUUCACCUUUGACAUUUUCUACGCGCUCACACAGAAGAUCUGCCCUCGCACAGACAUAGAGGAACUCUUCAAGAAAAUCAAUGGGAAAGAAACUGAUUAUUUAACUGUAGACCAGUUAGUCAGCUUUCUGAAUGAAAACCAGCGUGACCCUAGAUUAAAUGAGAUCCUGUUCCCGUUCUACGACCCCAAGAGAGCAAUGCAGAUCGUCGAGAAAUACGAGAGAGAUGACGAGUUGAAGAAGAAAGGUCACAUGUCCAGUGAUGGAUUCUGCCGGUACCUGAUGUCAGACGAAAACGCUCCCGUUUUCUUGGACCGGCUGCAGCUGUAUCAGGAAAUGGAUCAGCCGCUGGCCCAUUACUUUAUCAGCUCGUCCCACAACACCUACCUGACUGGGCGACAGUUCGGAGGGAAGUCCUCCGUGGAGAUGUACCGCCAAGUCCUGCUGUCUGGAUGCAGAUGUGUGGAGCUGGACUGCUGGGACGGUAAAGGAGAGGACCAGGAGCCCAUCAUCACUCAUGGGAAGGCCAUGUGCACGGACAUCCUUUUCAAGGAUGUUAUCCAAGCCAUCAAGGAAACAGCAUUUGUGACCUCAGACUACCCUGUUAUUUUGUCCUUUGAAAAUCAUUGCAGUAAACCACAGCAGUACAAGAUGGCCAAGUAUUGCGAUGACACCUUUGGCGAGUUCCUCCUCAAACAGCCUCUGGAAAACUACCCGAUUGAAUCUGGUCGCCCCUUACCCUCUCCAGGUGAACUCAAACGUAAAAUCCUCAUCAAAAACAAACGCUUGAAACCUGAAGUGGAACAGAAACAGCUAGAGGCCUUUAAGAAACACAUGGAGGCAGGAGAGACCAACACACCUGCCAUCAUUAUGGGAGAGGAGAUUGAAGAGGAAACAGAGAAUGGAGAAAAGGAGGUUGAGUUAAAUUCUGAGGCCCCCAGCAGUCUGUCAGAGGCAACCACUGAGAAAGAGGCCAACAGUGUUUCCCAGAGCAACGCUGUCAGCUCCAAGAAGGAGAACACCCUCAGCAACAGUACCAAGAAGGUGCCGGACGAUGAAGUGACGGAGAUGUCUGAAGCCACAGAAGCAACAGACGCCACAGAUAUCUCAGAAGCAUCUGACCAAGACAAUAACAAAAAGGUUGCAGAAGAAGCGGAGGACUCUGAGGAGGCUCUGAUAGCUCAGUACACCUAUGUAGGAGCCACCACUAACAUCCACCCGUGGCUCUCAGCCAUGGUCAACUACGCACAGCCCGUCAAGUUCCAGAGUUUUGACGUGGCGGAGGAAAGGAACAUUCACCAUAACAUGUCGUCAUUCAACGAGUCUGUGGGUUUGGGCUAUCUGAAGACCAACGCCAUCGAGUUUGUCAACUACAACAAGCGUCAGAUGAGCCGUAUCUACCCCAAAGGGGGCCGGGUGGACUCCAGUAAUUACAUGCCUCAGAUCUUCUGGAACGCAGGCUGCCAGAUGGUCUCACUCAACUUCCAGACCCCAGGUACCACAGCACACAACAUGGGACCUCUGGCCUCACACACACCCCCAUAUCAAGUAAUCCACAUACAGCACAAACAUCCUCCAAGCACACAUGUGUACCUGCUGAAGCCUGACUUCAUGCGGCGGUCAGACAGGAUGUUUGACCCUUUCUCAGAGACGCCUGUGGACGGAGUCAUCGCAGCAACCUGCAGUGUUCAGGUGUUCUCUGGACAGUUCCUGUCAGACAAGAAAAUUGGCACGUACGUUGAGGUGGACAUGUACGGGCUGCCGACGGACACCAUCCGGAAGGAGUUCCGCACCCGCAUGGUGAUGAACAACGGACUGAACCCUCUCUACAACGAGGAGCCCUUCGUCUUCAGAAAGGUGAUCUUACCCGAUCUGGCGGUCCUGCGCAUUGCCGUUUACGACGACAACAACAAGCUGAUUGGUCAGCGCAUCCUGCCUCUGGACGGCCUGCAGGCUGGCUACCGUCACAUCUCGCUGAGGAACGAGGGCAACAAGCCCCUGUCGUUGCCCACCAUCUUCUGCCAAAUCAUCCUCAAGACAUACGUGCCCGACGGCUUUGGAG